AUGCGCUAUACGUCGCGGCCUUUGAGAUCUUGCUGUCUCGGCGAAAGGAGAAGAGAGGAAUUACAUGCUGGUUUACAGGUCGCAGAGAGCACACCUCUUCCGCCAACCUUCGUAGCACUCUCGAAAAACAUGCCCAAACGUUUGGCUGUAGCAUUGCAGAAUUAUACUUUGCGCUGCAUACGGGGGCUAUGCAUGAAAUCGCGAACCACUACGCACCUGGAGUUGUCAAUGGAGUGCUUCGGGACAUAG